AUGCACCUCUCAGAAGAUCUCUCCUGGACCAGCAACACUGCAUCACUGGCCAAGAAAGCUCAUCAGUGUCUCUACAUCCUGCCCAAGUUGAGAAGAGCCCCGCCCCCCAUCAUGUCCACCUUCUACAGAGGCACCAUCGAGGGCAUCCUCUCCAGUUGCAUCACUGUGUGGUACAGCUCCUGCACUCACAGGAUGCUUCAGUGUAUCGAGAGAGCAGCGGAGAAGAUCGUUGGUGCCUCUCUCCCCUCCCUCCAGGACGUCAUACAGCAUCCAUCACACAUGCAGAGCCAUCUGCAUAGCGGUCGAUUCUACCCACCUGUCACACAACCUCUUCAGUCUGCUGCCAUCAGGGAGGAGACUGCAGAGCCUGAGGGCCAGGACCAGCAGACUUCAGGAGGGCUUUAUCCACCAGGCUGUUUUCAGUUGGAUCUAGAUCUGGUGAUUGCGCAGGCUAAGGCAUGCAUUUCAAAAAAGACAAUCUUCAUCACCACUCUCUUGCUGAUGGGAGUUUUUGUUGUUGUUGUUAAUCUUUGGUUCCCUGAAGAUUUGAUCAACUACAAAUGCAUCCUCCUUCAAGCAGAUGUGAGAAAGUCUGUCAACCAUUCAAAGCCAGCAACCACAAGUUCUACUUAUAAAUACUCCUGGCCAAAAUGUCAGACAAGCAUAUCUGCUGCCAGCGUCCCCGGCUUCAACUCACUUCCUCGUCGUGUACAAGACUUUCUCUAUCAUCGCCACUGUCGACAUUUUCCCAUGAUACUGGAUGUUCCUGACAAAUGUGGAGGAGCUGAAGGAUCUGCAGAAGUCUUUCUUCUACUGGUCAUUAAAAGUCCUCCUGUGAACUACGACCGUCGAGAGGUGCUGCGUAAAACCUGGGCUAAAGAGAGAUUGCAGAACGGUGUGUGGAUCCGAAGACUUUUCAUCUCAGGAACCAGGGGUGAUGGUUUUGAGAAAAAAAGACUGAACAACCUCCUUGAAUUGGAGCAACAUGAGAACAAUGACAUCCUCCAAUGGGACUUUAUUGACACACACUACAACCUCACAUUGAAACAAAUCCUCUUCCUGGAAUGGAUGGAAAGAAACUGUCCACAUGUUCGCUUCCUGAUGAAUGGUGAUGAUGAUGUUCUUGCUCACACAGACAACAUGGUUAACUAUCUACAAGCCCUUAAGGACAAUAAUGGAAAAAGGCACCUCUUUACUGGAAAUGUGAUGAAGAAUCAGGGGCCCAUUCGAUCACCAGACAGUAAAUAUUAUGUUCCAGUUCAGGUGUACGAGUCAGAGUCAUAUCCUGAUUUCUGUAGUGGUGGAGGCUUCCUGUUGUCUGGCUACACAGCUCAUGUCAUAUACAACAUGUCCCAGUCCAUCACCCUUCUUCCCAUGGAUGAUGUUUACAUUGCAAUGUGUGUGGACAAAGCAGGACUUCGUCCUGAAUCCCAUGUUGGAGUGAAGGCUUUUGGACAUCACGGCCCCUCUAAUGCUGACCCAUUAGACCCUUGUUUUUUUAGAGAUAUUCUACUUGUUCACAGAUUCCUUCCACUUGAUUUAUAUCUGAUGUGGAACAGCUUACAUGAUCCUGAUCUGAAAUGCUAACUUUAUUUGGCACACCUGUACAAUCUAAUGUGAUCCAGUCUAAUUGUGACACUGAUUUCUUUCAGUUGUGAACAAAAGUUUUGAUAUAGUUAUAAAGGUCAUGUGUAUCAUGGCAGUUUUGAAAUUCCAAUGACUUCUAUAACUCUUUAUUUUCUAUGAUGGAGUCAUUGAAACAUGUUUCUUUAGAACAUAAAACAUUUUGGCGCUUUCAUAGAUUCUUCUGAAAAUAUGUCAAAAUCUCCUGGGUCAAAAAUAUACUUACAAUAAUGUUAACAGUUGCUUAGCGAUCCAUGAGCUUCUGGUUGUAUAUUUUCCCACUCCUCAUGACAGAACUGGUGCAGGAGAAGGUCAAAAACCUUAAUUAUACCCUUUUUGAAAGUUUUUAUUUUAAAUUACUUUUGGGGUUUGGGGUCAUUGCCCCACUUGAAAAUCCAACUGCAUCCAGGAUCCAACCUUCUGGCUGAUCAUUUUAGGUUUUCUGAAGAAUUUGGAGCUCAUCACCUUCGUCAUUAGUCCAUUUACUUUGCAUAACACAACAGUUCCACUGGCACCAAAACAGCCCUAGAGCAUAAUACUGCCACCACCAUGCCUGACAGUAGGUAUGGUGUUCUUGGGGUUAAAGGCCUCACCUUCUCUCCUCCAAACAUAUUGCUGGCCAUUGUGACCAAAUAGCUCGGUUUUUGUUUCAUCUGACCACAGAACUUUCCUCUGGAAGACUUUUUCCAUGUGAUGAGCAGCAAACUUCAGUCAAGCCUCAAGGUGCUGCUUCUAUAGAAAGAGCUUCUGUCUUGCAAGGCAGCCUCUCUAUGGAAAUGUAAAACACACUUGACUGUGGACACUGACACCUUUGUUCCAGCAGCUUCU